AUCUAAACAUAUUUUAUGUGUACAUAGCAGCCUAUCUGAUAACUUGCCUUUAUAUUACAUUUGCGCUUUAUGUCAUUCCUAUGCAUGCAUAUAUGUGAACAUCACUAGGCAUGCAACACCCCGGUCUUUGUGCUUGCUGGAUGAAUUUGGCAAGGGCACUCUCACCGAAGAUGGCAUUGGUCUCCUCGGUGGAGUAAUAAAUCAUUUUGUAUCGUGUUAUGACCUUCCAAAGGUUCUUGUGUGUACUCACUUGACAGAGGUAUUUGACAGUGGAUGCUUAUUGGAGUCGAAAAGGAUCAAAUAUUACACUAUGAGUGUAUUAAGUCAACAGAAAAGUUCUGCGGGUCUUGAAGAUGUUGUAUUUUUGUACAGGCUGGUUCCUGGACGGGCACCUCUCAGCUUUGGAUUACACUGUGCACUGCUUGCAGGAAUCCCCCAGGAAGUCGUGAAACGAGCAGCGGUCAUUUUGGAUGCUCUGAAGAAUGACAGGCAUGUUGAGCGGCUCUGCAGUGAGAAUGUAUUGGAUCAUGACCAGCACUGUAAGGACGCAGUGGAGAAGUUGUUAGCCUUUGAUGUAAUGAAUGGAGGAGACAUCCGCCCGUUCUUCGAAGACAUUUUCCCUUCAUAGUUCCAAGUGUUUGUACGUGUUUAAGCUUUGUUUGGCAAAGUGACCGGAAAAGGUAAGUGAUCAAGUUAAUGCAAAUUGUGUAGAAAUGACAUAAAAAGGAGAUAAAAGUAGGGCAAAUCGUGUCACUUCUAUAUAUGAAAACUCACAUGAGACCUGCACAUUAAUGUGUGGCUACUUGGAUCUCUUAGCAUUUUGUGUUUGCCUUAGCAAUGGCACCCGUUGGAUAUAGUUCACACAUGACUAACUACCU